AAAAAAAUCGGAUAUGGAUCCCGUCGCCCUAGCACAAUCCGCUGCCUCAUCGCGCCCGUCUGCCAGAUCGACCCUCCGCUUUCGCUUCCGCUUCCGCCGCACGGCUUUCGUCCUUCCCCCAGAUUAGCUCCGAUGGGGUUCCUGCAAAGCACUUUCUCCCUUUUGAUCGGCACCGGGUGUGGUAUCUACAUUGCUCAGAACUAUGACGUCCCAAACAUAAAGAAGCUUAUGUGGGGUUUGAUGGGCAGAGCGAAGGAACUUGAAGAAUCCUACAAGAAGCCCGGCAAGGACAAGGAUAAAUGAAUAGACCACUAUCUUUUCUCUGCAUUUUGUUAAAACAGAAAAUCGCAUAUUGUAAGUGCCAUCUCACGUAGACUCGUGCCCGAAGUACCAGAUGGCAAUACAAAUUUUCAAGUGAUGAGGUUGGACAUGAGCUGCAAGCACGGACCUGCAUUUUGAAAAUAUGUUAGCGUCAUGAUUCAUGUUGGCUUAAGGAGGCACUUUUGAUGACUGCACCAUGAUUA